AUGACCUCUCGAGGGCCUCGGCCGCCGUACUCCUCACGGGACGUUUCCCCGGAAUCGCAUCCCGAACCCUACGAUCCGUUUCGUUCAGAAUCCGAUCCUAUCGAGCUCGCCUAUCUAUCUCAGUGGUCACCAGAUGCGACCGAGACACACGGUGCACGCGGACGAUCUCAGGGCCAGCCCCAGGAUGGGGUUACGAAAGAUGAGUUGCGGCCGGGAGCAUACUUUGGCCUAUCACAUGACGAUAGCCGAUAUGAGCCCGUUCCUAAUUUCCUAACAAGUCCUGGUUUCUCCGUACACUCGACGAGAGAGUCGACGUACACCUCCACCUCGCUAUAUCAUAGAAAGACCGUGGAUGCGGACACACAAGCUCUGGUCGAUCGGAGAUCUGGCCAAUUGGCGCAAUGGCACAUAUAUUGGGCUACUCCAGCACUCAUCGUAGCGUUGUUCCUGGCUGGGCUCGCGGCAGCAGUGGGCCACCACUUGUUCUAUAUGCAUCUUGACGGGCAGCCGGCUACCGAGCAACUGAAGAUGGUAAGAUACGGUACUGCCUUGGCCUUCUUCGUGAAAAGCACACUUGUUGGGACUGUCAUCAUGUGUAAUCGACAGCGAAUAUGGUACACAUUUCGGCGAAAGGCGAUGACGAUCAACGGAAUCGAUGGCCUCUUCUCUGCAACAGAAGACCCAACUCAAUUCUUCCUAAACUGGGAAAUGAUCAGGAACGGCAAGCUUGCGACGUUGAUGGCCGCCUGCACUUGGGUACGCCCCCAAUUCCUCCACAAAAUGUUUGUGCUGACUCUGAAGUUACUACCACUCGCAUCCGUUCUAUCCCCAGCUUCGCUCACAUCCGAGCUCAGAACGUUCAAUGAUACUGCUACGUGCUCAGUGGCUACCCUAAACUUCACCCAGGAGUCUACAUACGAUUUCCGGGACAUGAAUAAGUUUUCGCUGAAGAGCUUGAACUUCUACAACACUACCGAGCCAGUCGAAGAAGAGAAACGAGAGUACAGAGAAGGGGCCAGAGCAGCAGCAAAAGCAGGGAGUUAUUUCGAUUACUAUGAUCAACCGUCGAAGAACGCCCGCCGCUUGGCAUUUAGUAGUGUGUACAUGCAGAAGCCACAGCCUCGGGAGAAUGCGUCUUCAGCUUUUUGUGGAACCGGUUGGAAUUGCACAUAUACGAUAGAUUUUAUGGGACCCGGGUACAAAUGCGAUGACAUUGACGACAUCAAUGGGUCUGACGCACCUUUCAGCUCAGCUACACUUGCACCAAAUGGGAGCCUUGUAUAUUCUGCGGACGUCGAUCAAGGUGAUUAUGGACAUCAAGACCCAGAAGCAGAUAAAAACGGGACAUCUCUGGGUGUCUUGCAAAGUGAGCCUGAUCUCUGGAUCGGUUAUGCCAUCAACACGUCUGAACCCUACCCGGAUGACCAGAAGAAAUACAGAGCCAAAUGGGGAAACAUCCAUGAGCCAAAGAUAUUCAAAUGCGUUAUGCAGUACACCAACUACACUUUCGAUAUGAACUUCAGUCCCAGGCAGUCCGCAACACGUCGAGAGCGAGUGUUCUUGCGCCCUGUUAUUGACAAAGAUUCCAUUAAGCCCCAAGAGAAUGUGGAAAAGUACAAGUUAACAGCUUCAUAUCAUUCUAUGGGCUCACUUUUACGUCACUUCCUCCGUGGCAAGAUUGAACAACAAAAGAUCCUAAUCACCUACUCAGAUCUGUCUGAAACGCGAUUAGUCAACAGCAGCACUUCAUAUCCGUUGGUGGAUCUGAAGACGGAGAUCCAAGACUUUUUCGAAGAUAUGCUAAUUACCCUUCUCAACGAGCCGAAACUGGUCAUUGCCCAGACUCAAGAAGUACCUUGUCUGAAAUCACGUACCAUGAUGGUGUACGUGUACUACAAACGAUCCCUUUGGAUCGGGUACACAAUCGUCAUCGCAGUCACUUUUACCUUCAUGCUCGUCGGCGCAUGGUCACUUCAUGGGAAUGGAGUAGCAUCCGACGUACUCUUUUCCCGUAUCAUGGCCACAACCCGUAACCCUACCCUGGAUCAGUUGAGCGUGGGGGCGUGUUUGGGUGGUGAUCCUUUUCCUAAAGAGCUGACCAAGACAAAGUUACGCUUUGGCGUGCUUCUCGAGGAUGAUCCUAGGGAGGGACCUUUGGGCAAAGUCGAACAUUGCUGCUUUGGCACUAUAGGCGAGACCAAGGAAAUUGUCAAGGGUGGCACGUAUGCGGGGCUGAGAGAGUAUCAAAAAGGCUCGUACAAUUGA